AUGAAGUCAGUUUUGAAGAUUUGUUUUCCACCAGACCCAGCAGGAGCAAACGAUGGUGUGAUUUUCAAGGAAACGAUGGAGCCAAUGCUCACGGACAAUCAGACUGAAUUUCUGCCUUCAUCAGUUCCAGUCCAUGAUGCACUGGUAUGUUACAUAAUUUAACAAUGUAUAUACUGUAUACCUGUACCCUUUUUAUACAGUACAUUACAGGCACAGAGUUCACAUUUUUCAAGCACAAAAAUAUUUCAAUGGGGAUGUUUGAUAAUUAGAAGGAUGUUCGAUGCACUUUUUUAAGACAUUUUUUACUCUUUUCUAACAUCCCAUUGUGUAUCAUUGUAAAUUUUUACCAUAGUGAUAUUUGUCUUGAAGGGCCCUGGGUAAGAUAGCUUUUUUCUUACAUAUUAUAUUCAUACAUUUAUAAUAUUCGUUUACUUUCAUAUGUAGGUUGGCAACCCAGCUAAUUCAGAUCCUGCUGCAAUGCUAGGCUUUUAUGGAGAAGAUGAGGUUCGGUUUGGUGGAAGUCCAAGCAUUGAUCCUGAAUCAAAUUUUCAACCCACUAUUCCUAUGGAAACUUCUACUCUCCAACCUACCGAAGGAAAUGUAGUAAGUGUGUGCAUGUGAUUAGGAUUUAUCUCGUCAGCAUUAUUGAUGUACCCGAAAUGGCAAAAUUUGUAUCGAGAUCGCCACAUCGGAUAUCAGUAUGGUGUACUGUAACAUCCUAAGAUGAAAAUAUCAGUUUUGGUAAUCUUCAUGCCAAUACUGUACUGUACUUCCGACAUUUGCCCUGCAUAUUUGUAUGGUGACCGGCUGACGUUAAAUAGUAUUCGCCUUAGUUUGCUACCGUAGUACUGUACCAACCGCAUGGUCGAAUGCACAGUACCAAUGGGGCAUUCACUUGAGAAAAUAAAUAUUCGUUAUCCCUGUGAUCUCCAGCUAUCGGAAUUAAGCAAAAUUUCUGGUUCCAAGCCAAAAUUACCUCUGUUUACAUGAUCGAACCCCGCGGCAAUUCUACUUUUCACAGCGCCGUUUGUUCUAAGUAUUAUGGAUGAACUGAGGAUGUCAAUGAAAACGAACUUAAAAAGAAUGUCAAGUGUGAAAUUUCUCCCUUUUUUCGUAAGAAGCACCCAUCUUGUUUGAGGCCGGCGAACGGCGAAUUUCGUCAGCACUAAGAAGACAUUUGACAGCCAUUUGCCAGAGGCUAUAUUCGCCGGUACUUGCAGUCAUGACAAACUGAAAUUUUUAGCCUUGCAAGCCUUUGCCCACCACUCAACUUACAACGCUCUUGAAGCUUCGACCGAUCCGAAAAUUCGUUUCAUACUCGCUUCGCUCAUAGAGCCUCAGUAGAGCAAAAUAGUAUUGGCUAUACCCAAAUUAUUAUUAGUCAGGACUUCAAACGGAUAUACCUGAAGGGCUGAAGAAGACCAAACAUAAUAACUGUCUGUUACAGUGUUACUGCGUUGCAUGAAGCAAAAGUCCGUAACAAAAACAUUAUAUAUAAACUUGUUGUAGAAACCUGUUAACUGCGCUUGGGAAAUUUACCAGUGAGUUUGACGUUUUGCACUGCAGGCUACCGAAAUGAAAGCCUUCUCUUUAAUGUUUAUUUUAAUUUUAGCAGGAAUCAAGCGAGCCGUCAAAGAUACCUGACCCAGCGCCUGUAAUGGGUACGUGUAAAGUUAGCAUUUAUAUUAGGAGAAUUUCGUAUAAAAUGACGUAUAGAAUUUCGUGUUGUGUACGAUAAUUUGUCUUGCAAGGAUUAAUACAAGCAUUUUAGUCUACCGUUUUUUCGGAAGAAAUUGAGUUUUACUAGGAGAACACCACAGUACAUCUACCAAGAUAUCCACCGCCCGGAAAAUUCUUGAUUUUGUUCAUACAAAAUAACAUUUUCUGCAUUCAGACUGCACUUUAAAACGGAUUUUAAUGACCCGUUGAAGAAUGUACAACAACGAUCAAGUAUACUUUCUUCCUUUUACAGUUAGUUAUUCACAUUUGCCAUAAUUUUUUCAAAACAUAUUGUGAAAAAUAUAAUUACGGAGAAAGAUUGAGUUUUUACUAAUAUCCGUACACUGCUUGUAGUAAAGUGCUUGUAUUAACCCUUGAUCUUGUAAACAUGUUGUUUACAAGUAAACACACGGAAUGUACUGUAUAUACAGACGUAAAAUCUCGCAUCUUGUCAACAAGAUGUGUUCGCGACAUAUUUGAAGCAAGCUUGUCAACAACAAGUGUUAAUAAUGAUGUCAUUUCAUCAAGUUGCCACAAGAUUCUCACUAUAACUGCUUGUCAACAAGUUGUUGAAUUGCAGGAAAGCAACUUGUUGGCACUACCACUGCUGGGAACAACCAGUGCGAACACAUCCUAACACAAUGUAACAAGUUGUUGAAACCGCAUUGGCGCAAGUCGUCUGCAUGUCUGUUACAAUGCGUGCGUUUUUACGUGUGUAUAUAAUAUUUCGCAACGUUUGUGCAUGCGUGCCCGGUGGGAUGAUGUAGGUUUUGUGAUGUUCUCGUGUAAACCUUUAAGGCUCGUUGACACCUGCGAUUUUAGGUGCGAUGUUCUUCUUCUGAUGGAUGUGAACGAGUGGAUAAAUUAGGCCAAAAAAAAAAAUAUGUGGGUUUCCGGUUUCUUCUUAUAAAAACUUAGGUAGGGUAGGUCGGUUUUAACUUUUUUUUUUAAACUUUUUUUAAUUUUCCGAAUAAGCGGACGCCAUUUUGUUUAGUCAGUGCUUCCACAUCCAAAGAUAUAAUUCCCUAAUAUUUCCUCAAAUUUCAAUUUUCCACAAUUUUUUUCCUGUAAGUGGAAACACUUACAAGCAUGAUCCAAUAAAAAAGUUUAGGGUCGGGAUUUCGACGUCCAAAAGCUAGGUAGGGUCGGGAAACCGGAAACCCACAUAUUUUUUUUUUGGCCUUAUGUAUAUUCGGAUGAGGGUACAUGUCCUCCGAACAUUCAUAACUCAUCUGCUCGUUCACAUGCAUCAGAAGGAGAAAAUCCCACCAGAAAUCGCAGCAAAAAUUGCAAGUGUGAACGGGCCUUUAGUGAGAUUAUUUCUCACCAUGUUUGCUUUUUUGUUCAAUGCACAGGCACCUGCGAAUUCUGUGGUUUCUUUGGUGUGAAAGAGAAGUUCUUUUCCAAGUCCAAGAGAUUUUGUAAAGUGGAAUGUGCCAAAAAGUACUCAGCAUCGAACAUUAAGAAAAGGAAAACAGACAGAAUUACACCCACCAAGAAAAGGACAGUUCGAAAACCAACGCCAAGUAAAAAGGUUUGUUAAAUUUUAAAUGGGGAAUGUAUAUGUAUAGGCAGUCAGUAGCAAAACAUUGCUAAUUUUCCGCUAAUUCCGAGGCCUUGGAGGUUUUGUGAUUAUUUGUUUUCUUUUUCAACACUCAUUUACUCCGUUUAUCAAGCCAAUUUUACGGAAAUGAACUGAUGUGUACAUAUACGUAUAUAUACUAAAACCUAUAGCAAUUAUUGUAAAAUAUAUAGUCUUGCAUUUUUAAACGUUUAGCAAUAAUGCAAAUGUAUGAAACAUGCUUGCAUAUUUUUCUUGUACUACUUACAUAUAAAGUAAAAUAAUGAAUAUUUUGAUCGGCCCGAGGCCUGUUUUUUUUUCACAGUAGUUUGUAUGAAAAAGGCAACUUUGUUACAGUGUACCAAUCUAAGAUGAAUAUACGAUACGAUAAAUUGUAAACACGCGAUAAUUGGCAAAAAAAUAGUGUUAGUGUCCACACUACAACGAAAAUGAUAAAAUUAUCGUUUGACGACAACGAUAACGAUUUUAAAAUUGCUCACCCGAGCGAUUUUUUUUUCAGUCGGACGAUAACGAUAAAUUUUUGACCAAUCGGCGCGCGUUUGCAAGUUAUCGUAUCGUUGUGUAGUGUGACCUGGGCUUUAGUGUACCUGUACAGUAAUAUAACUUCCUUUGCAUGUGUAACAAACAUAUUACUGGGAAAUUUUGUUUAUUUAAAUUAAUGUGGCAAAAUAAUCGGCCAUCCGCGCAGUAGACGUCAAAUAGAUAGACGUCAGUAGACUGUUAUAUUGAGCACUGGUAACCGUUAACGUUUUGUCGAGCAAAGAAUAUAAAACUUGUUUGUUUUCUUUUCAGAUUAAGACAGAAGUAUCUCUAAUAAAACCUCAAAGUAAGUUUCAAAUAUCUUGUUCAUGUCUGUAGUAGUUGGUUCACAGCCGUCGGAAUUAGACAAAAUUUCCGGAAGCCGAAAAUUGCCUCCGUUAUGAUAGAACCAGCCGGCAAUUCUACUUUUUACGGCGGCAUUUUUUUCUAAUUGUUAUAUGGAUAAAAUAUAGUGUUAUAUGGAUAAACUGAGACAUUUUAUCACAAAAUCAAAUUAUAAAGAAUGAUUGUCAAGUAUAAAACUUCUCUUUUUUUCUUCAUAAGAAGUCCAAACAUACUGUACAGUAAUAUUACAUGUAAAACCCCCCGAAAAAACGGACCAAAAACCCAUUGCUAUACACAUUUCAUCUCGUGCAUUUCAAUGGAAGAGUGAAAAUUCAACCUUUAAGGUUAUGCUUUCAUCAAUACAAAAUAAGCGCUUGGUCGCCAUGUUACGUCAACUGUAUGUUCCAUUGUUUUAGUUGCUGACGUGGUUAUGACAGACAAUUGGCAAAAGAAAAGUUUCGUUUGGAGUGAAUAUCUAAAGAGCUGUAAUGGAAAGGCUGCUCCUGCCACAUGUUUCAGACACGUAUGUA